AUGUCACUCAGGGAUUGGAGUUCUAACUCCGAAGAAUUCAUGAAGAUGGUCCCUGAUACAUGUAAAGAAAACAAGAUAAAAGUACUUGGCUUAGAGUGGGACAUAAAAAAGGACACCCUCCAGCUGAAGCCCAACCUCCAAGAGGAAGCAGUCACAAAAAGAGGAAUACUGAAGACUAUCGCAUCAAUUUAUGACCCGUGCGGUUACGCGGCACCUCAUACAUUAUCAGCUAAACUUUUUCUGCAAGGACUUUGGAAGGCCGGAGUAUCUUGGGACUCACCAUUAUCAAGCGAGCUAACAGAAGAGUGGAACAUCAUCCGACAGAACCUAGAAGUCAUAGGAAAGGUAUCGGUGGAUAGAUGUUACAUGAAGACACCAACGGAAGCGAAUUACCAACUGCACUGCUUCACAGAUGCUUCACUACAAGCCUACGCAGCAUCGGUGUUUCUAGUCUGUGGCUCGAAGAAAAGCUUUAUCAUGGGUAAAUCCCGUCUGAUACCAACCAAGGAUCAAGAUAACCUCAAGAUACCCCGUCUAGAACUUCUGGGAGUACUGAUAGGCUGUAGACUGAUGAAGUUCGUCCUUAAGUUUCUGCAACAGAAAAUAGUAAGACAAGUCUUAUGGACCGAUAGUCAGAUUGUCAUCGAAUGGUGUAAGUCUAACAAACUACUUCCUCCCUUCGUUGCCAGACGAGUAGAAGAAAUCAAGACAAACAAAGACCUGGAGAUAAGAUAUCUACCAUCAAGCUUGAACCCAGCAGAUGUAGGCACAAGACCCCUUCGUGCAGAGGAGGAUAAGGAGAAAUGGCUGAAUGGUCCGCAGUUUAUAACAGAAGAUCCACAGAAAUGGCCAACCACAUCCGGCAGUGAGCCAACCAGUUCUCUUCUGACAGGGGAGGGUCUUGGGUUCCAAGAAGACAUAGAGAUGGUCGAUAAAGAAGAUCCAGUUGUUAAUGUCAACCCGAUGAAAACGGAGGAAAUUAUAACACCAAAUGAAACUACCUGGGACCACUUCUAG